GAGAGAGAGAGAGAGAGAGAGAGAGAGAGUAAAUGGGGACGACGAACUGUUAGAGACGAUUUUCCUCACCAUUGGGGCGACAGUCGCCCGGUGACUGAAAGGACGUCGAUCGGGUUUUCUUCAGACCUCGCCUCUUCAAACGGUGGAGGUCCAUGAAGACGACGUCGUCGAAUUUCGUUCAUACUUCGCAUCUUCAAAUUGAGAAGUCCUGCAAGACAUGUAAUUGGGAUUAUUUCUUGAUCGAAACUGUUGGAGUUGUAGAGAUUGUCGAGAAGAUAAACUUUGUCUAAGAUCACGAUAAUCGGAUAUCGAUUCAUACAUAAUCGGAGAUGAUUUUUUGAAUUUAUUUUUCUGAAAAUAGACUUGGCCACACCUGAUCAUACCCACUUCACUACGGAAUACAAAUUCGCUCCUCCGAGGGAAAGGGAGGCGGGGGAGAGAGAAAAUAUGGUGGUUCGUUCAUCAGAGAAAGCUAUGGAAGGAAGGAAGGAAUUGAUGGGUUCGGUCUCGUUGCAAUAGUGACAGACAGGGCCUCACUUUCGAAGAUCGUCUUAGGCCUCCAAAAUCUCAGAGCCGGCCCUGCCUCCUUAAGCACGACUUAGUGACGUGAGCUAGCUUAGAUGCCUCAAUGGACACCCAAAAAACCUCUAAGAGUCGCCAUUUGUUUCACCCAUGUACGUUUUGUUUCAAUUUUGUCAUGUCAUAUUCCUGCGUCUUCAGCUAUUCCUUCUAUAUAUCAGUUUUCUUGGGGAGUAGUUGAUAAGAAGUUUCGGUCAGGGUUUAGUUUCUAUUCCUUUUUUGGAUCAUCAAUAUCUCGUUAUUUGAACAGUUUGUACUUUUUAGGGGGGAUUUCAUAUUCAUCUAGGUUUUAUAGCAACCGUUAAUUUUAUGCAGACUUGCAGUUAAACUAUUUUAAUUUUGACUCUUCUUUAGGUGCAGAGUACUAUUAGACACAUGGGUAAGGGUAUCAGAUGAGUGGCCAUGUAUAGUUGGACAUUUUCCAGGAAAUUUCAAGCAAUUGAAGUUUACAUGUUAACUUGGGCUGCGCUCACAACAAUAAAUAUUGAUAGUACAAUAUGUUUAAGUCUAAUAGUUCCUGCCAGUUUUUAUGUUAUUCGUAGUCUAGAUGGGCAUAGCUGAUGCUAUCAUAGAGGAACCACAUUGCAAGAGAACAUUUCAAAGAAAUCGAAGGAGUACUAAUAUUGGAAAGUCAGGUGAACUCACUUUUGACUUAACCAAGGACGUGAAACCAGUCUUUGAGAACUUGUAAAAAAGAGGGUCUUUGUUCUAUCAAGUUGAAGUUUUCUGUGCAUUCUCUUACCUUGGUUUGUCAGUCAUGCAUCACCAAUUAUAUACCAACCACAAAGCAAACAAUUUAUCGAUUCCUUAUGUACCUAAAGGCUAAUCUUAUAUGACAGAUGAGAAAUAAAAGAAUGAAAAUUCCCUAAUCUACAAACCCAAAGACCACUGUUUAAUGCUUUCCCGACCUUUUUCUUGCUCCGAUUACUGUUCUAUCCGUGUUCGAAGAUAAUAGAGAGAGAGAGAGAGAGAGAGAGAGAGAGAGAGAGAGAGAGAGAGAGAGAGAGAGAGAGAGAGAUUUUAGAGCCACCAAACAACCACUUCCCACCUCAAUAAGGCUGUGUUGUGUUUGAUCUAGGGAUAGGAAAUAGUCUCUUGUAAGACAAGAAGCAAAUGCCGUGUAAAGACACGUUUCGACACAAUCCAUACUAAACGUAAUUCCAAAACCAUGCCCUACCAUUGGCUACGCUCAGACCAACCAGAUUCAACUCCUCUCCAAAUCUGUCAUACACUAUAAACAUCCUAUAUGGUUUGGUCCAUCCAUGAUGGCAUUUCUCCACUGGGGAGGGUUUAUGAAAGAUAUCUGGCAACAACAUUAGCCACACGCCGAUAAAAUAAAUGACAACGUUAGCCACAUGGAUUGGAAACGGCUUCUCAUCUAGUGGGUUUCAAGGAGUUAUUUGAUAGACCAGUGUGUUGUCCCUGCCAUAUUAGACAUUAUGUCCAUGCAUAUGUGAAUUAAGUUUUUUAGCGGGGUGGAUUAGUCCUUAAUUGGUUCUCAUCUGGCGAUUUCGCCGGUCUUGCUUCUGCAGGGGGUGCCUGUGUUGAAGUCUGGGUAGUUUUGGCUCAUUCUUGUAUUUUUUGAUGAAAUCUGUAUUGCCUUCGGGCUUUGUUAUGAAUUGAAUUGAAUGUGUUCAAAAAAAAAAAAAGUAGAUUAGUCCACAAGAGCUUUCAGAAACAAUCCAUGGAUUGGAAACGGAUUCUCAUCUAGUGGGUUUCAAGGAGUUAUUUGAUAGACCAGUGUGUUGUCCCUGCCAUAUUAGGCAUUAUGUCCAUGCAUAUGUGAAUUAAGUUUUUUAGCGGGGUGUUAGUAGAUUAGUCCACAAGAGCUUUCAGAAACAAUUCAUAAUGUCCACGACGGGGCUCGAACUCUGGCCUCUAACAUGAGGAGGAUUAGGAGAUGUCAACUGAGCUAGAGCCCAUUGGCGAUCAAUAUUUUUCUUGUUUUGUCGUACUUUGUGUCAAAUUAUUAAGUCACGGAAAGGAAACAAACAAUUUCCUAGUCAGCCCUUCCAAACAAGAAUCCUGCAAAAACUGCCAACCUAAUUACUAGGAACCUAAUACACUAAUACACGUGAUCACAAAAGAUGUCCAGGUUAUUUUGGGAAGUUCCAAAAGAACAAAAGAUGUCCAGGUUCAAUGUACAUCUUUCCAGACUGAUAUUACAUAACUUUGUCACCACUGGCCCCAUUUUGUACCUAGAUAACAAGCUUUUUCAAGGUUUAACCAAAAGUACUCUACACCAUGGGAGAGGUAGAUGAAGCUUUCAUUCAAGCAGUUGAACACAGGCCUAAACUAACCACUACUGAAGCUGAAGGGAUACCACUGAUCAACCUCUCAAUUUCAAACUCAAAUUCUAUUGAAACUCUGGUAGAGGAGAUUGGGGAUGCAUGCAAGAACUGGGGUUUUUUUCAAGUUAUCAACCACGGGGUGCCCUUGGAAAAUAGAGAAAAACUUGAGUUGGCGUCAAGAAAGUUCUUUGCACAGGCGACGGAGGAGAAGCUGAAGGUGAGGAGGGAUGAGUUGAAUCCACUGGGUUACUAUGACACUGAGCUGACCAAGAAUGUCAGGGACUGGAAAGAGGUGUUUGAUCUGGCGGUGAAGAACCCGACUGUGAUACCGGCUUCACCUGAGGCUGCCGAUAAUGGACUCAGGGAGUUGGUUAAUCGGUGGCCUGAGUACCCUUCUGAAUUGAGAGUGGCAUAUGAAGAAUAUGCAAAGGAAAUGGAGAAACUGGCUUACAAACUGCUGGAACUCAUCUCCCUCAGCUUAGGCUUGCCAGCAAACCGGUUAAGUGGAUUCUUCAACAACCAUACCAGCUUUUUCAGGCUAAAUCACUACCCAUCUUGUCCAAUUCCUAACCUAGCUUUGGGUGUUGGCCGUCACAAGGACGGUGGAGCCUUAACCAUUCUUGCACAAGAUGAUGUGGGAGGACUCCAAGUGAAGAGGAAAACGGAUGGGGAGUGGGUUCAGGUCAGACCCACUCCCCAUGCUUACAUUGUGAAUGUUGGCGACAUCAUUCAGGUAUGGAGCAACGACAGAUACGAGAGUGUCGAGCACAGGGUAAUGGUGAACUCAGAGAAGGAAAGAUUCUCAAUGCCAUUCUUCUUGAAUCCAGACCAUAAUGUGAUGGUGGAGCCCUUAGAGGAGCUGAUAACAGAGCAAAACCCUGCCAAGUACAGGGCAUACAACUGGGGGAAGUUCUUUGCUAACAGAAGGCGCAGUAAUUUCAAGAAGCUUGGUGUUGAGAACAUCCAAAUUAGUCAUUUCAAGAUCACGGAGGAAUCAUCUUAUUAAAGGAUUUGUAUCCCUUUUUCAGACAGUAAGAGAAUAAGUUGUUCAGCUUAAUUCUUGUUUUCUGCAAUGAGUAUGCAAUGCUUCGUGCAGAAGGGAAGUCCUUUAAGUUGUUGUGAUAUAGGAGUACUCUGUAAUCUGUAUGCAGGAGAUCCAACUUGCAAAUGUAUUAGAAUAAAAGGGUAAAUUACGUUUCUCCUGA